CUUAGCGUCUUUAAGCAUCUGCUUGAGCGAGCCGUCGACGUGGAACGAGAUGAUGUCUUUGGCUGAUCCGAUGUACCUUCCUCCAACGAAAACAGCUGGAACCGCCGGGUUUGAUGAGCCGAGGGCACGUAGAGCCCGCUCACCUUCAGGGUCUUUGUCGAGCUCGUGGAUCGCCGGACUAGCUCCGAGUUCGUAGAAUAGCGUCUUAAUGCUAUGGCACAUACAACAUGAGCUCUUUGUGAAUAUCACCGCCGCUUUCUUCGACGACAAAUCUCUUAUUCUCUCCAUUUGCGAUGAUCAAGAAAAAGUUGGUGAUCACGUGUUGUUUUCUGUGAUGAGAAAGGCUUAUGUUGUGUUGAACAUAUGCUUGGAUCAGCCGUUAUUUAUAAUGGUUAGUGUGGAAGAAUUUAGAUUAUUUUAUUUUGGGCUUUUCUUCCGAUAAU